GUGUCAUGUCUGUUGUUUCAGGAAUGAGGAGUUCCUCCUCCCUCACCUCUCCUCCCCCCUCCCCUCACCCUGCCCCUCUUCCCCUCCUGUCCUCCUCUACCACUCUGACUGGUUGUCCUGAGCUUGACCUGUCUGUCACACUCAGCCCCACCCCCAAGACUGACCACUCACAGCUGAAGCCCCGCCCCCAAAGACAGACAGGGAGAAAAAGAGAUACACAGGUGUGUUUUGAAGAGCCUGUGGUCGUCAUGGAUACACCAGAACCACAUAUCACACUGAGAAGAGAUGGCCCACCUCAGCAGCCAAUCAAAGGUCAGAGGAGGAGCAGAGGAUGUCACCAUGCCCCGAGACAGUGGGUGGAGUCUCCUGGUGCAGCGUCCAAUCAAGAUCCGGGCUGUCUGGAGAGGGCGGAGCUAAACACCACUCUGGCUCUGAAGGUGGAGCUUCAGUCAUUGCAGGGUGCAGGGUUUAACUCCCAGAAGGCUGUUCAGGACAUUCUGAGGACGUCAGAGAGGACCAAGAACCUGAUCAACACCAGAGCUACUGAAGUAGUGAAUGUCUCUCGCUCUCAGCUCCUCUUCACAUCACUGGUCAGUGUUGAUGUGCAGAAGGAUCAGCUGAUCAGCCAGAUGCUGCAGGAUAGGAUGGUGCUGCCCAUGCGCCCCCGCUGCAAUGACAACAGGACAGCAGAGGGCCCCUCCCUCCUCCUCUUCAUGUCAUCUGACCUGCUAAGACAGAAGCCCCUCCCACCACAGGAGGAACCUGUCAACUACAGGCUCUGCCCAUCACCACGGCCGGCCCAUUUGACCUUUGACCUCUACAGACAACAGAGGCGAUGGGAGACCAUGCCCUGACUGUGACUGGCAGGAGUCACCAGUCAGUCUGAACUGUGGGAGGAAGCUGAAGUACAUGGAUUGAACCCACACAAGCACAGGGAGAACAUGCAAACUCCAGAAAACCAAGGUUCAAACCUGGAACCCUCUUGCUGUGAGGCAACAGUGCUAACCACUGCAUCACUGUGCCACCCAAGGUGUCUAUAAAUAAAUAUAAACAUCUAAAACUGA